GCUAUCGGUCUGACUUCCGUGGCCAAUACAGAGAGCGAGACCGUCAACCGAUUGUCGUCACACCGUGUUUGAGGUCCGACAUGGGCCGCGGAUGAGUGCUAUCAACCGUGACCGAUUUAUGCCGGGACGAUCGGCGUUAAAGUGUCGCGCGUUGUAGUUAUGACGGUGAAGCGCACUCGAUCAUAUUGCAAGCGCUUCGGCGAAUUGUCGGUACGCGCGAGUGGAGGCUCUCGAAUGGCGCCCACGCAGGACGUAUACCGGAGAGUGCGAUGCUAACAAGUAGUAAUAGUAGUAGUAGUAGUAGUAGUAGAAGUCCAGCUGACUCUGACAAAAUGGUAGGGCCCUCUCUAUCGGCGGGAGGUUAUAGAUUCGUACGUGCUACAUAAUCCGGUACCGUCGCGGUUAGGGUACGAUGAGUACUGAUAAUCAUGAUCAGUCCAAGCCCAAACCACCACCACCACCAUCGUCAUCGGCAUCGGCAUCGGCAUCGGUAUCGGCAGCAGCAGCAGCAGCAGCGGCGGCAACAUUACCACCACCACCGCCGCCGCCACCGCUACCACCUCCACCUGCGAUACCGCCAUCGCCAUCACCACUACCACCAUCGUCUACGCGGAACAACGUCCCCGUCGACGAGUACGCUUUCGACGGCACGCGCAUCAAGAAAGAACAAAGUGACAUUUGUUUCGAGAACGGCGACGGCGCCGGUGCCAGCAACGUCAGUGGAGGCGGCGGUGGUGGCAACGGUGGUGGCAGCGGUGCUGGAGGAAACGGUGGAAUCACAAAAGCCGGUAUCAACGACAACAAGAGACCGCCGGCCACCCCCGCUCCCAUUGCCGGUAGGCUCUCCAACGGCUUCCACGAAGGCGACCUACUUCAGGACAUCAUCGCGGCCAAGUUCACGACCCUGGCGAAUCACGGCUCCACCGGCAAGAACGACAAGAUUCGUCUGAUGAUUGAGGACAGCGUCAGUGAAGAAUCAAAAUCACGAGUUCAGGAAAUAUUUUCCCAAGUUGAGCAACUUAAAAUAGAGGAAAAAUUGUUGCUGUACCUGAAGCUUCCAUUGUCAUUGAACAAUACUGGAGGAACUGUUGAUCCAUUGAGGCAGCCAUUAAAUCCAUUAGGAAAUCGUUAUGAAAUUCAUCAGACUAUUAUGUGGAUUAAAACACAUUUGGAAGAGGAUCCUGAAGUUUCCUUACCGAAACAAGAGGUCUAUGAAGAAUAUAACAUGUAUUGUAUAAGGAAUUCUAUGAAACCACUGUCAACUGCAGAUUUUGGAAAAGUUAUGAAACAAGUCUAUCCACGGGUACGUCCUCGAAGACUAGGCACAAGAGGCAAUUCUCGUUAUUGCUAUGCAGGAAUGCGCAAGAGAGUUAAAUUGGAAGCUCCGACGCUGCCUAACAUAUCUGGAAAUCAAACUGAGGAUGGUACAGAAGAAAAUAUUACCGAAGAAAUGUUAGGUGCUGCUUCUACAUUGAUUAGGGAAUGGGCAGAAAGUGUGUUAGGUUUUAAAUUUCCAACUUUGAGUGCCUUAGCACGUCAUCUUGUGGAUAAUCUUUGUGUCGAUACGCGAUCUCUAGCUGCUGUGUGCAUUUUAUGCGCUUCCAGGGAACCUGAUACUUCAUCUAACGAAGAGUCAACGACUGGUUUGUCAGUUACAUCAAUAUCUGGAAAACCAGGAAAAUUAAGAGAAGCACAAAUACAAUUACAACGUAAGCUACAACAACGAGAGCAUAUAAAAGAUCAAAAGCAUAGGCAUAUUGACAAUGUUACACAGAAUCAGAAUAAAGAAAAGAUUAUUGAUAAUAAAGCAGGAGUAAACAAAGGAAGUAAGAAAGUUAAGACCAAUCAGUUGCCUCAGGGUACAAAUAUGCCAGCUGGACAAUAUGUGUUGAACAAACACAAUUUACCUGCCACUGUAACAGUUCGGCAAAAAAAGGUUCUUAAAGCUAGCAGUCAACCCUGCAACAACGUUUCUCCGGAAUCCAACUGUGAUAAUAUAGUGGUACAAUCGAUCGAAGAUGUUCAGAAUAAUAGCAGCACUAGAGUAGUAACGACCAAUUGCGUGAAUUCAAAGCGAGACGUUAAACCUAAAAAUUCCAGAAAGCGUGCCAAUCUUAAUGUACCAAAUCAACCAUCGGAAUCCAGUCCUGAGAAGCAAACAAAACUUACAGAACAACAGGUACAUGAAAAUGUAGAGCAUUCCAGUAUGUUGUUACCUAGGCUCUCAUCUGUACAACGUGCGGGGAAAAUAUCAGUGAUAUUAGCUAGUAACCUGAAGCCUACCAAGUGUAAAGCCACAGAGGCUGUUAGUAAUCAGCCUGCCAAAAACUGUGAUAUUGAAUUGCCAACAUGUUCCAAAAAUUCCAUCAAAAUAAAUGGUUGCCCCAGUAGUUUCGAUUCUAAUGGAAAUAGAACUGAAACAUCGACUCUUUUAACCAAGGAUCAACUACGAUUGUUGCAAGAAAAUUCAAACCUCAUAAGUAAGAAUGAUAAGCUCUGUUCUCUUGAUGCGGAUGCUUUGGAUGAUUAUUUAAACGGGGGUAAUAAUUCUCAAGAACAAGAAGAGGAAUUGUUGCAGUAUUUUCAACAGAAUAGUUCGUCUAGUUCAGAUGUAGAGGCAAAUGCCAUUACUGGGGACACAGAACAAAUAUCAAGAUCCGAUAAAGUGUCUCAAUUGAGAUUAAUAUUAGAACAAAAUCUAAAAGCUGGUACCGAGCAUCCACCGAUUGACAUAGUAUCCGCUACCAUAGUCAGGCAGAAUACAGUUAGUGAAAAACAGGAGGUUACUCAAACGCAUAAUUUGAUACUUCCAACAUUGUUAAAUCAUUCGAAUCAAACUAAUACAAGACGCAGGGUUAGUUUUGAAACUAAUGUCGUUGAACAUGUACAAGAUUCCAAUGUUGUUACGAAUACCGUACCUCAAAGCCCAAACACGCGUCGUAGGAUAUUUAAUUUCACACCAAUAUCGCCUGGUCCACAUUCACCUAUCAAUGGUCGUGCUUCCAAAUCCAAUUCCGCAAACGCAAGUCCUUUCGUUUCACCAAGAAAUACGCCAGUGCCUCGGUCACGGAGUAAUCUACAAGGUGGCAGCUUUAGAUCUCGAGCGAGUCAGAAGUCCUUGUCGCGUUCCAUAUCAUGCAGCAUGCCGUAUACUGGAAAAAACGAUACGUUUGUAGUACCUACCAGUGGUCCUGAAUUAGUGCGACAAGUAUCGAUGCCACAGUCACCUCUUACUUGUACAAAGUCAUCCGAAGUACAGGUUGGUGGUAGUGCGACGCACAUUGCUAUAACAUCGAAGCAAGAAAGUCAAGGAUCACAAUGCCCUCCAUUUUUAGCAUCGGAUUUAGCACCGCAAAAGCAACUGCUUAUUAAUUAUCCAAGUCAGGAAAAUUUACAAGAAAUUAAGAACGUGUAUCAAAGACCACAGCCAACGGAUCAGGAGAUCAGUGAAUUGUUGCUUGGCAAUAAACAAUUUACCACCGAACAGCUUUUUUGUAGAUCGCAAUCUGUUCCUUUACAUCGUAUGGUAAAUCCUGCGUUAAUGUCUCCUAUUUCAACACAGCAGUGUCUCUCAAGUUUUCAAAGUCAUAGUUUUAAUCCAUCUACAAGCAGUUCAAUAGCUCCUACUCCUGUACCUAGUGAAUUCAAUGAUUUUGGUUCUAUAGGUCAACCAGAAGGGACUUCUUAUUUAUUAAACGACGUCGAUCCAAACUUUAUAUCGGAUGACCAACAAUUUUUGAUGAACGAUAAAGAGAUUACAUCUGAAAAUAUAACAAAUAUUCUCAAUAUUCUGAGUGAAGAGGGAUCACAAAGUUUACAGAUUCUUCCGGAACAAUCUGGAGAAGAAGAUUUGAUAGAUAAUAAUGGGAUAGUUUUAGAUACUUUACCAAAUUCAAAUAUAAAUUUGUCAGAAGAAGAUAUGCUGGAUCCUUCGAAUGUUCUUGAUAGUUCAGUGAGUGGGGCAUUGCAGAAGAUUAUACAAUCUCGUUCUUAUCCAAACACACCUCUUCCUGCACCGGUAUCGACAUAUACACCAUCUUAUGCAGAAGAUAGUAAUGGUUCAAGAUCAUAUCCUUCAACACCUCUGCAUACAGUACAGUCUCAGGAAGUUUAUCAAGAGUCAAACGAACCAAUGCUCUCCAGUCCUACACUUAAUUCUUUGAAUUUACACGGAGAUACAACGAGUAUCGCUACAUCGGAUAAUGGCUGUAGGAAUGUUGCAGAUUUACUCGAGACCACUUUCCUUGGAGAGCCCGAUGGAGAAGCCGAUGAUCUGGAUCCUCUUAGCAAUUUUGAUGGAUUGCAAGAUGUUGAUCCAUUGACUCCUUUAUUCAAUGAAGUGACAGAGCCUAAUCGUUGAGAAAGGUCUAUUUUGACAGAGGUAACUCAGAUAUUGCAUUCUUUAUAGAAAUUUAUUCAAUAUUUUUUUAUGUAGUCGCAUGUUUUUCAAUUAUAUCAUAUACAGUACUUUGUAUAAUAAUAGAUACAUAUAUUAUUGUGCAAAGUACAUAUCAUCACAAGGAAGAAUUAAUGAAUUUAAGUUCAUCCAUAGUGUCACAGACGUCAAUGUAUUUAUGUUCAACUUUCAGCAAUGAAAAUACUACAUUGAAAUUUUUAACUAUACUUGCUUUUAGGCUACUAUUUUCUGAUCAAUUUUAAUUACAUUUUUAUCUUCGCAUUAGCUCAUAUAUCUUCUAUGCUAUAAAUAUUGUCAAUGAUUGCAAUAGAUUAUAAUUAGUGCAAGUAAAUAACUCUAAUAUUUAUAAAUUUAUUGUCAUAGUUUAAUUAAAUAAAAUAAAAAUUAAUGAACUUACUCAUUGAUACAAAAGAAAAGUUCAAAAUAGAUGAUCGAACAGUUUAGUAGUAGUAGCCCGUUUUUGUAAUAUUCGAUGUUACAAAUUUUUGGCUGAUUAUAGGAACAUAGAAUGUUCUUCUAAUUUUUAUGGAAUAACAAAGCUCAUAACUGCCAUAUUUUUUAAACUUCCAUUAUUUAAAUUGCUAUCUAAUUACGCUGUAAUUGCUAUAUAAUUAAUAAAUACGACGGCACUGUGACACGAAUUCUAAACUUUUUAUAGUGUUUUUCUGACUGCCGACUGUCAAAACAUUAAGAUAAUAUAUUAAGAUUUUAGAAUCUUUUGAUGCAAAAUUAAAAUUAUAAUGAUGUUAAAAGAAUGACAAUGAAAUUGCUCAGCUGAGAGUAUUUCUAUCUUAUAUCAUCUUAGAUAUGAGAAAGACAAAAAGUUGAUUUUAUACAAAUACUUUAAUAUUCGUCGUUUUGAAGCGCUUGUUUCUAAGUCAUUUAAGAACAUGUUAAUGUGACUCUGUUAUUUAACCACUCUAUGAAAUAUUAGCAAUCAACUGUUAGGCAUUGGUAUUGUGCGGUAUUGAGCCCAGUAUAUAAUAGAACGUACUUUGUAAUCCUAUAAUUGAUUAGUAACUACAUUUUGUAAUAAAGUAUACAGUCUUA